CAUCUUUCUGUUAUAUUUGCCCUAGAAUUAGAGAACCAUGUGGAAGUUCUCGUCUCCCCUCCUUCCCAGAAUUUCCUGAAUCCUUCUCUGAAACAUAUGACUAAAUAUGGAACAAUACCAACAGAACCAGUGGCUCCAUCAAGACAACAAAUUGUGAAAGAAGGAAUCCAAUCCUGCAUCGGCACCAAGAUCAUGGAAGGAAAUGGUUCAGCUGCAAUCUCUCAUCAUCCCCACCGAUCUCAGCGAAUCCUUAGAGAGAAUCGGAACAAAUGUGUGACAGACACGAUUGUAGUGGCUCUUUCUACCGGGGUGGUGGUGGUUUUGGUUCACGGAGCACUGAGAACCACGGAUGAUUUAGCCAUUGUAGAUGUUGGACUUGGUGAAGAUGGAACAAGCACGUCUCUGAGACACUGCCUCAGCUUCUUAUCCUUUAUCCAUAUGAAUUAUUAUACAGCUGAAACCAACAUGGUUGUUCACCAGGAGAUUGUGUUUUCUUCAACAAAUUAUUUGUGAAUUUUACAGCAUAGUAAGAAAGCUUUGAUUAUGGCAA